AUGGGGCCGCUCCAUCUCGGCGGGGGGGUGGGAAAAGGUCGAGGGGCCGCUCCACGGAACCAUUCCCCCCAAAAAAAAAGGACGGAUACAGCUUCCUUUGCUGCAAACGUUAUUCGUGAAAUUCCCAUUAUAUUUUUUGACCGAGCGAAAACUGAACCAUUCCCUUCAAACACAAGACGCCGAGAGGGGAACAAGAUCCUCGCAAAAGGACGAAAAGAGAGAACGCACACACACCCAAAAAGCAAACGAAGUGUUUUUUUACACAAAAUGUCACAACAUAAACGGAUAUUUCCUACAGAAAAGAACCACCACAGAAACUCGAGAGAAUCUUAUCCCUUCGCAAAACCCGCGCAAUAG